GGGGGGUGGUGGCGCGGGCGUGACGUCACUGCUCGCGACGCGGGAGUAGGAGCGGGGACCGGUGGGGCCUGGGUACUGGGAAUCCCGGGGAUAGAGGGCAGCCCGGUACCAUGUUCGGCUCCAGCCGGGGCGGCGUGCGCGGCGGGCAGGACCAGUUCAGCUGGGAGGAUGUGAAGACUGACAAACAGAGGGAGAACUACCUGGGAAACUCGCUCAUGGCCCCGGUGGGCCGCUGGCAGAAAGGCCGUGACCUCACCUGGUAUGCCAAGGGCCGGGCGCACGGAGCGGGGCUGAGCCGGGAGCAGGAGCUGGCGGCAGUGAGGCAGGCGGAGCAGGAGGCGCUCAUGGCAGCGCUAGGCUACAAGAACGUAAGGAAGCAGCCCACAGGCCUGAGCAAGGAGGACUUUGUCGAGGUCUGUAAGCGGGAAGGCGGUGACCCUGAGAAGGGAGUAGACCGGCUCCUGGGCCUGGGGAGCUCCAGUGGCUCUGCAGGGCGAGUGGCGCUGUCCCGGGAAGACAAAGAGGCCGCUAAACUGGGGCUUUCGGUGUUCACGCACCACCGCGUGGAGAGCAGUCGGCCAGGGGCGGCUUCCCUAGCUUCUGCCAAGAGGAAGCCUCGUUCAGAGGAGGUGGAGCCCAGCCCUGAAAGCCACAAGAAGAGCAGGAAAGAGAAGAAAAAGAAGAAGAGGCACAAGAAAGAGAAGAAGAAGAAAGAAAAGGAGCAUGGGAGGGGACCAGAUUCCUCACUGCCUUCUGCUUCCACUCAGUGUCCCCUGGUCUCCCUAGGCAUGACUCUGACUCCUCGCCUUGCUGCAAGAGGAAGCGCCGGCACGACAGCGACUGAAGCCAAGGGAUCUGGAGGGCUGGCCUGUGGGGGUCAUCCCAGGCCCCCAGAGGGGGUUAGCUGUGGCCAAGUACGGCUACUUCCUCUUUUCUUUGUAUUGACUCACUCUUUGUACUUAAAUAAACUUAUUUUAAGUGGAAAGCAUCUCAUACUAAAGGGAAAGUUGCUGUCACAUGUCACAGUAGAAAGUGAUGUAUGAAAAUGUGGUGAAUCUCUUGGGUCCCAGCAAGAUUACCUGCAACUCCACUGGGAGGGGGCACUGUCCUUUUGGUGGUCAGCAUCCUAGGGUCCCAUGUGGCCCUGGCCCCUGCAUCAACUUCAGGUGUACCAAGAACCCUAGGUCAUGUGUGGCCUGCAGGGAGGGCAGUGGGACCAAAAGGUGCUCAGCUUCAAGUGGAUGAGUAUACUAAGAGGGGUGGCCUGCACUGGCCUGGGCACUUAGAUCAUUGGGAGGUGGACUUAAACUUAUGGCUGGAGCCACCCAUCUCUCCCCAGGCCACCAAGUGAUCUAACCGCUGUCCCAUACCUACCCCUUUUGCAUGCUGUAAAGGCACUGGCUCCUUCCACUUGGCCUAUCUCCAAGGCUGGAAGGCAAAGAUACAACCAUCCACAGAAAAAAAUGAAAACUUAACCAUUUUACAACCACACUGGAAUAAAGACAAAACCCAGGCUGGAUUCACUAUUA